UAGAUUUGCACAACUAGAUUAACUCCUCCCUCCUAUCCUUUUCGUUCUGUUUUGAUGGAUAGUAAUAAUCAACAGCAUAUACUCAGUGCUUUAUUUCACAGGCAAUAUCCGUAUCAUUAGGUCUGAUAUUCAGCAUGUUUUUUAAAGUUUGUUAAAGACGCAGGUUUCAGAGAAGUCUUGGUGCUCUGUUUAAAAAAGACAUCAAACACUGAGCAGUUAUCUCCUGCGGUCAUUAUGGAAAGGAUUGCGUGCUUUAUUGUCCUUGUGACUGCACUUUUUGUUUCGUCAGCAAACUUUGUUGAGGGAAACCAAGAUUGUAGUUCAUGCUAUCAUCUGGACAUUGGAGUGGCAAUUGGGAUCAUCACCUGUGACAUCUUUCUCACACUCUUCAUUGCUCUCUCAGUCUACUGUUAUGUGUCCCAUAAGAAAAGAAGCUGUUCACAUGCACAGGCAAGAUGCUGCGGUUCAACCAAAUCAACAACCCACCAGACAUCAAUGAGACCAAAGAUGAUCGAAGUGGAAUCGCCUUACCAGGAGCUUUAUGGAGUACAGUCAGAUAUAUACGAUGAUCUUCAACAAUAUCGGAAAGGAAGUCACCCAAAGUAAAGUUUUAAAGUAUCCUGAAGUAUCAGAUCAUCUUUAAAACCAUUAAACAUGUGACCAUUGUAAAAGAUAGCAAUAAUCUGACAAUGAAAGGCAAGCAAUAUAGAGUUGUAUCCGUUCCAAAAAAUGUUGUUUUAUUUGGCUAUGUUAAUGUUUUUUUACAUAAGCUACAGUAUAUUGACUUGUGCUGUAAUAUAUCCUGAAGUGAUUUUGACACACAAAUAUGUAUGAUCUCUGGAAAUAUAUAAUUCACUGAGAAUUUAGCCAUUAUUCCCAUGAUUGUUUUAUUGAUGUCAUGUCUUAUUUAUUUAUACAUUCAGAUCAAAAGUUUUGUUGUUGU